AGUACUCAUGCAAUGUCACACUCUAGACUCUAGACUAGUCUAGAACAGACCGUUCACUGCCGUUGACGAAUCAUUCGCCCAGGCUAGAUUCAUACACACUCCGUAUCGGCGCAUUUUCUCGCAGUACCACGCCACGGAGGAGAAUCGGAUGGAGACUGACUUGAAAGUUGAAGAAGACGAGGAAGACGAAAAGUGCCUCGAUAGUCAUCACGGUUAUCUCCUAUGUCUAGAUGAGAAUCAUGGAGAACGAGCACUGAACGUCUGAAGAGUGAAGACUGGUAGUGAGUGAAACAGACUCAGUAGUAGCUUUCGCGUUGGCAAUACUAGCUCAGUGGCCUUUGUACACUGUACAUGGUGCGAGCGUUCUGUUCACACGUCUGCAAGCUGCUAGACCUUACACAUCCUCCCGCCAGCGCUAGUCUCCAACAGUCCAAGUCACUCGGACCGUGGACUGGAGAAGGGCCAGGGCUAGGGCUGAGCUUUGUGCAUGUUCAGCGUUACACGUAACGCGUGUCUCCUGUUGGACUAGGUCUACGUAACUGCAGUAGCCUCUAUCUCUGUGCUAAGGUCCCUAGCUACACGUCUCCCCACUUGGGUCGGUUUUGUGAAGCUGGAGUCGAACAUUUCGUUUUUGCCUAGGUGUUGCGGCGUUCUGGUUGAGACAGACGGAUGAGUUUUGUGGUAGUUUCUUGGCACGAAUAGACAGCCUGAGUACAGCGACCAGUCAGCGACGGACAAGCAGCAAAGUGGUACUGGCUGUUGGACUGCCGGAACAUCUCGGAAGCAAACUACAACCAGAUCAGGAAGCGAGUCUCCACAAGCUGAUAGAGUUAUUUGUGGAGCGAGUAACGAUUCUGUGUAGGCGUUUUUUGUGGGCUGCACUAGCACUAUCGCUGAGUAUUCCCCGAACAGGGCGUGCAAAGAAACGGGAACUCGUUCUCCCAAGUUAGCUCCAGACAAAGGGAGGGAACAACUUGCCUGCAGCACAUGUUGUUCAACUUCGAGCAGUGAAGGUUUACAUCAUGGCGACGUGGUGUUCUAAGCACCGCACAACAUUGCAGAAGCCGAUGAGACUGCACGCAGUGGUUCGUUACUGCGUGCACGUAUCAUGUAUCGUCGCUUUCAUCAUGGCGGCCGGUGUGGAACUAUGCCAUGCGCAUGAUAUCAACAUAACCACGCCGUCUCCUGUUGGUGAUAUGACGACUCAUGAUACACCAGUGACAUCAUCACAUCAUUGUCAUGUGACCUGGCCACGUCGAAGCAAUGUCUGUGGACCAUUUGCGGUCAAUACUGACAUACUCGAGGAAGAAGGCAAGUUUGAACCCAUGCCUGUGUUAGCAUCGUACUGCGAUCACAUCGGUGCACCAAGACUACCGGAUGGUCAACUGCAGGUUACUGGAAGUGUGAAGAACAUACAUUUAGAAAUUCUCUGGGCACCUCCGUUACACAACUUGCAUCUGGUAAUCGGCUAUCGUGUGGAGAUCUGGGAAGAUUUUGAGGCGGCGAGCAGAUCUCGGAGUAUUGUAGUCCAGUACGACUUGUCCUCGAAUAAAGUCAUGGGCUCAUCAGGGAGUCUGGCAUCAUUGAAGAUUACGACCUCGGCUCAAGUAUGUUCAGCUCAUGUUACAGCUGCUGAACACGGUCAGUGCGUUGUAUCUCGCCAACUCUUCUCAUCUUUUUAUCUCAACGAAGAGAACAAAGGACUUCAUGUCGUUAUCACGUCCCUUCCAUUUUCUGAAGGAAACCAUCAACAGCACCAGCAAACUGUGGCCAAGCUGAAAAUGCCCACUUGUAGAAGUCUUCACUGUCCAAGAUUUCAAGUUUCAACUUCAACAUGCCCGUUCUCUUCAGUAUCACAAUUGAGCGACCAGAUCUGCCAUUGCCCUCCUCUUCCCCUGACCAUGGCAACCGUUCAAGCUCUCGUCUCCCAUAACAACACAAUCUACUUGUGGAUGAGGAAGCCAUCCGAUGAUAUCUUCAUAUCAGAAGGAGAGCUCAAGUUUGUAGUGUGUAUUCUACUCGUCAGACGUCCGAGACAACAUGGUGGUCGACCAUGUGAUGUUUCACAUGAAGUGAAGGCCAAGGAUUAUGUGAACAUAUCCUUCAGUGGUUUGUUGGAUGACGACAACACGGAGCACGCUAGUAUAUCGAUUAUUCAUCGUCGCUAUGACCCCACCUAUCGACUCCACCAUCUAGAUAGUCCUCAAGUCGUUCUAAACGUGAGACCUCACAGACCAACAACAACGCAAGCUGCCACCAGCAGCCAUCCUGGUAUCUCCAUGGUGACACCAGCGAACCAAUCAUCGAAUGCUGACAAGUCUCAACCCGUUGACCGUCGAUGGUUUGAUCUGGGGAACGAGGCAGCAUCGUCGUUACACACGGGAACAGUACAAGCACCAAUCUUAGCAGCAACUGUAAGUUCAGGUGCAGUAAUACUGACGGUGAUAGUUGCUAUGAUGUUAGUGCUGUACACCCGUCAUGUUCAACGCAGCAAGGCAUACCCUCUACCAGAGAUUACCCGCAAGAUGCUGUCUAAUCGUGUAAUUCGUCAGCGCCUCAUGAAGCUUAUCAACCCUGAAUCUCUCAUCACCUACCUUAUCCAUGAAGGUCAUCUAGUGACAGACUCUCACUUUGCACAUUCUGUCAGGUCUGGCAAGACUAGAGUAGAAUCUGCAAGAUCUGUUAUCAAGAUGAUGAAGACUUGCGAUGACAAGACGUUUGAUGCCAUUCGUAAAUAUUUUCGCUUUGGACCAGUGAUGCUGGACUGGGAGCAAUUAUCCGAUGCAGAGUCUUUAUCCGCUGAUCAUGAUAUGCCUCCUCCAGCUGUGUUUGACAAGGUCAACCCAUCCCUGUCAGUAAGUAGUCAUAGCAACUACCCCAGAAGAGUGUACAUCACUUACUCGCGUUACCCUGACAACCUGAAACAGACUAUAGUACACUUUGCCACAGUACUUCUAAACUGUGGUGUUGAUGUAGUGCUUGAUCAGUUCUGUCAGGAUGAUGUGGCCGAUUGUAUCACUGGCUGGGUAGAUGAACAUUUUCCAAGUGCUCAUUUCGUGAUUGUUGUCCUCUCCGCUAAGCAUCCGCUGAAUCUCAGUCCCGAUGCUCUGCGUUCUCUUGCUGGAAAUGAAGAUUUCAUUAUGUCCAUGCAUGAAACGCAUCUGCUGAAAAACAGUGCAAUUGCCGGACGCGAAAACUUCAUCAUUCCCGUCUAUUUUGGGUAUGGACCAUGUCCACAGAUGAAUAUUCCCUUGAUGUUGCGAAACAAAACAGUGUAUACUGUAUCCCCACAGUGUAAUCACAAUGAUCGCGGUCUGCAGCUCCUUGUCAACAGGCUAUACCAAGUAAAAAUGAUUACAUCAUCACUAUAGCUCUGCUUUCUCUCUGAUGUUGUAGCAUGAUGUCAUCUUUUUUGGCUUUGCUGCUGAAAGCAUUUUUGUGCAUUUGAUCACCCCGUUGCUGCUGGUCAAACAUCCUUCUGUUACCAUGGCAGCUGUGCACGUUGUAAACUCACUGCAAUAGUCUUGUCCUAAACUAGCUAUAAUGUACUUGCGAAUAUUUGAAUGCUGCUUGUCAUCACUGGGGGAG